AGGGGUGAUCCAAAAGCGCCAAAUUUAAUGAGGAUAGGGCAGAGUCCUAUACUACGAUAAUAUAGACAUCGCCCACCGAGUGCCCGACCGGCAAUCGAUCGACUAGCCAUCAUCAUGUGAUCAUAUGAUUGGUUAUUCGACGAAUGGCAGCAAGGAAGCCCCUGUGAAAGGUCCCAACCACGUUAACCUCGCGACAGGUCAGAGAGAGAGAGAGAGAGAAGAGAAGAAGAGAAGAGAGAGAGAAAAACCACUACGGAUAGACCCCCAGGAAAAGCAAAUAACGAGCCGUGACCAAUUUCACUUGUUUUUCUCUCAUUUCUGUCUGAAUUCUCUCGCUGAUUCCGGGAGAAUCCGCCGCUGCUUGGUUUUGCUUCAAGGGAGAAGGCUGAUGCUAUGGGUGAGCCCGACGACGGCAAGAGCACGACGCCGGAGUCCUAUGACAACUCCGUUCGGUGCACGAUUUGCCUCGAUUUGGUCACCGAUAGAGGGGCCCGGUCGACAGCGAAGCUUCAAUGUGGCCACGAGUUCCAUCUCGAUUGCAUUGGUUCAACAUUUAAUAUAAAGGGAGCAAUGCAAUGCCCUAACUGUCGUAAAGUUGAGAAAGGUCGCUGGUUAUAUGCAAGUGGCUCCACAUGUUCAGUUCCUGAGUUUCACAUGGAGCAUCCUGAUGAGCAUCCCUAUCAGUUAAGUUAUUAUGAAAUGCCAAUUGGAGUUCAUUGGUGUCCAUUCAGUGGAGUGGCUCAAGCUCAAACAUCCUUUUGGGCAGUGGAAUCUCCAUCACCAAUAUAUCAUAACUUACAGAGAUACAAUGCCUUAUUUGCUCAACAUACGCCUGUGUCAUUUGUAGCUCCAUAUGUCGCGUACGCGUACGUCAGAUCCAUUCCAUCUGUUUCCUCAAACACCAAUGAGAAUGUUGAAGAUCUGAAUUUCAAUCAUCAAUGGAAUGGCAUACCUGGACAAAAUGAAAUCUUUUCUGGUCAUACUUUUCCAGUAACUGAUAUUCAACAGCAAAGUUGGGGUCAUCACUCCCAUCCUUUCCCCAUAAACAGCAGGCAUGUUAACCACACUGAUCAGGCUCUAGUUCCUCUUGCAACUCUCAGAUCUACCAGGGAUGAUUAUGAUGCUAUGACAAGAUCCGGAGCUUUUGUGCAGCCAUUUUUCUAUGGUCAGGGUUCUUAUCCUAGAGGUGCUAGCUCAUUCUACUCACCAGUUGUUCAUCCUGGCAGCUACAGCCAGCCUCACGAAAGAGUUCAAGCUUCUCAUCCUAUACAUCAGCAGCCACAACCAGGCAAUUCCCUGGGCAUGCCUUCAGCUAUGGUUCCUGAUGCCAGGAUAUUCAACGGUCCAAGGGGCUUUCCCGUAGGAAUGCCAGCAAUCUCUCAAUCCGGUCACAAUGGAGGCUUCUUUGUCUUUCCUGCUCCAGCCCCAUCAUUCCAGAACCCGCAUGAAGCAGAAAAUUUCUUGCUGAGCCAUAUCCAUGCAUGGGAAAGGUACCAGUCUCAUUUAGCAGCCAUCUCAUUAGGCAGGUACUCAGUUUCCGGUCCGCUUAAUCAUGCUUCCGGUGCCUCUGAUGCGAGCAACAGGUCUGGCAACCUUGGGCAUAGGCACCGGUCUUGAAAGCACCUGCUGUGCCAUUUGCAAAUUCUAUCUUAUAUACCCUGCUCUCUCAGUUGUUGCAUAUAAACCGUCUGAAUGCUCAACUCUUUAUCCAGCAAAUCUGUAUGGUAACAGAUAAGAAAUUCUGUUCCUGUAAAUUUUGACCAGACUCAUCUUGGUAUAUAGCUUGAUAAACUGUGAUACCGUUUUGGCCGUGGCAGCCUGCUACCCAUAUAGCUUUCUCCAUAUAGAUGUACUAUAUGCUUGUUGGUUAGAAUUUGAAAUGGGUGAGCUGUGUAGCUGUCAUCGGGUUUUUCUCCCUCCUCUGCGAGAGAGGUCAGCAAAUUUUUGAUGUCCUGAACUAACGGGAGGGAAUCCAUAUUUGAAAUAUGAAUGGUUAAAUGCAUUGCCGAAAUAUUAAUGCUUGCUACAUGA